AUGAAUUGGGCAUUAUCUUUGUCUUCUACAUACACAAAUCCACAGAUUCUUGUCGAAAAUACGCGUGAAUCACGAUUAGAUCGGCAAUAUAUAACAGGAGUAGCAACAAAUAGUGGUAUUGAACGGAUUCAAGCCACAUUUCCAUAUCGUGCCCCAGUGGCUAGUGUGACCAUUGGACCACUACAUAAACCUAGCUGCGGAUCGCAAUACGGUAAUGGUGGAACUUUGCAAUAUUCUUCUGAUAAUAAAAAUUGGACGACGGUUGGAACUAUCACGUAUGUUAACAUGUAACAACAAAAGAUCGAGGUUGAUGAUGUUACAGCUCAAUACUGGCGAUUAUUUCAUAAUGGCUAUGUACCAAUAGUUUUAUUUUUGAAUAAACAUGACCUUAGACUAAUCUAAAAAGAUUCCCCAGAGUCUGUAUGACGAUAAAGAAAGCAUCCCAUGUCAUACAAACCGCUUUAAAACUGUCAGUUAACCGCAGUUUACCGUCCGCUUGAACGCCCAUUUGACCGUUCCGGUUAUCGCAGUUAACCGCGGUUAACCGCCGUUAACUGCAUUCCACUGGCGAUUUUCUUUAUGCUCUUAUUGAUGUGUUAGGAUCGAAUGUAGUUUACAGUAAAAGUUUUAAUUCAC